UUUUGUUAUAAUGCAUAGGAGCUCAAAGGGAGUGAUUUAGCUCAGUUUUCAUCCUAGUGUUUUGUUUACGUGGGAGAGGUGGCUUCAUGUCCCUUUCACCGUUGAGAUCCGUUCUCAGUAACUUUCGAAAGCCUGCGUUAGCUUCUCAGUCAUGUAUCAGCCAAUGUCAGUCCAUGUUAUCAUCAAUAUCUGGCAGACAGAAUCAAAAUAUUUCAGUUACUUCGCAUGACGAACAUACUAACUCUAGUAAUGACCAAACUUUUAGUUUCAGAGAUUCAAAACUGGCCCAUGUGGCUAAGUCAAAUUCAGAAGUUAUUCGUGCAUUACUAGUUUUCAAAAUGUGCUCCUUUCCAACACUUGUUAAGUAUAACAAAAAGCUUAUGGAUAUUUCCAGGAAAAUAUUUGGAAGGUCGUUGUUCCGGUUAAUAAUGAAGAUGACAUUCUAUGGACAUUUUGUUGCGGGUGAAAAUGAAGCCAGUAUUCAACCAUUAAUUAUGCGUCUCAAGAAGUAUGGAGUGAAGUCAAUACUUGACUAUAGUGUUGAAAAGGACAUACAAGAAGAUGAGGCCGUUCAGAUAGUAAAAAAAAGCUUAAGUGAAGUGUUACAAACCCCCGAAAAACGACCAGAGGCAGCCACUAAACAGUAUCAAAUCAGUGUUCGGUUUGCCAAUCGUACGAAGCAGGUUGUUGGGGCUCGCUCGUACUUUUAUAAGUCUGAAUAUCAGUGUGACCAUAAUAUGGAGACAUUUAUGAAAUGUAUUGAUGUUUCUUCAAAAUACGGUGAAGAUCGUGGUUUUACUGCAAUUAAACUUACAGCACUCGGACGACCCCAACUUUUGCAACAAAUGUCUGACUUUUUAGUGCAAAUGAAACGACUGUUCUUCCUACUUACCAAAGCGGAUAAUGGACAGAAAGGUGGACUUGCAUCGCUUGAUCUAGACAAUUUUCGUAAAAAACUGGAAGCAUUAGGCGUGAAAAUUGCAUAUGAUGAAGAAGUUAAGUGGUUUACUUUGUUGGAUGUCUCUGGAGAUGGUGUUUUAGAUUUACUUGAUUGGAGUCACUUAAAGGCUUUUGAAUACGACCUUGCAAGUCUGUUUAUUCUAAAAAAUAAAAAGACUGGUGAAGUAGAACAGCUUGUACCUACACUUACAACUGAAGGUAUUGAGGAAAUGCGGAAUAUGAUAAAACGUGUCGAUACUUUAGCAAACUAUGCAAAAUCUGUUGGAGUUCGAGUUAUGGUGGAUGCAGAGCAAUCAUAUUUUCAACCUGCUAUAAGAAGAUUGAUUAUAGAAAUGAUGCGUCUAUUUAAUAAAGACAAGGCUGUAAUAUUUGGCACUUACCAGUGUUAUCUGAAGGAAGCACUUGAAUCACUUACUCAAGACUUAAAUCAUGCUGCUACAGAAAACUUUUAUUUCGGUGCAAAGUUAGUUAGAGGGGCUUAUAUGGAUCAGGAGCGUGCACGUGCCAAAGAGUUAGGGUACGAAGAUCCAAUUUGUUCAGACUUCAACGCUACAACAGCCAUGUAUGAAUCAUGUCUAGAGGAGGUGUUUAAAGCUAUUAAAAAACGCAGAAGCGGUCAAGUUAGUGUUAUGAUAGCUAGUCAUAAUGAAGAUACCGUUCGAUAUGCUUUAAAAAACCAUGAAGGAUGGUGAAAUCUUCUUGGGAAGUCAACUUGAUUAUCUGGAUAAUGUUUUUAUUAACUCGAGCGGCAAAUAUACCGGAGGGAGAUAAUGCAUGAAUAUAAUGUAGCACGGGAAGAUCGACUUAUUUGUUUUGGUCAAUUGCUUGGGAUGUGUGAUCAGAUUAGUUUCACAUUAAGUCAAGCUGGCUACUCUGUAUACAAAUAUGUUCCAUAUGGUCCUGUUGAAGAAGUUUUACCAUAUCUAUCUAGACGUGCAUUAGAAAAUGGUUCCGUGUUAAAUUGUACACUUAGAGAACGUCAGCUUUUAUGGUCUGAAUUGAAAAGACGUUUGUCGAAUGGGCAAUUCAUUUAUAAACCAUAGAUUAACUUAUAAACAGGUGUGUGUGUGUGUGUAGAAUUUUGUUUUAAUUUUGAUUGUUCUACUUUGCUUCACUUAUUCUUUUCUUACUUAUUUCCUUGAUCUUUCACAUCUUUCUAUUUAUAGUUAUGUGUUAAAAUGUAUGUAUUCGCUUGUGUAGUUAGUAUAUAUUGUUCCUUGCACACUUAUAUUGUUGUAUGAAACAAAAACAAUUUUCUACUACUGUUCAUUUUCUGCUUUCUGUGAAUCCCUUCUAUUCUUUUCACAAAGUUCGAACUUUUCAACCAAUGUCUUUGGUUCAUUUCUGUUUUACAUUGAAGCAAUCAACUUCAAUGAUCUCACAGCUUCUAUCGAAUAAUAAAUAUGUUGUAACUAACUUUAUUAUACUGGUGAGUCAAUCAGAAUCAAGAUGUAAAUUUUUAGUUUUUGCUCAAAAUAAAAAAGCAAGUCAUGACAGCAAUAUCUGUACGAAUAAAUUUGCAGAAUAAACCUUUAUUUAGAUAUAAA